GACGGCGCGACCUGUCUGGGCAGUAGCAGCAGCAGCGGCGGUGGUGGUUCCAUAAUCGUUAUCAUCAUUAACAGCAACAGCAGCAGCAAGCAACAGCACAAGACAGAAUAAGUUGAAGCAGCAGCAACAGCAGAAGCAGCAGUGGAAGUAGCAACAGCAGUUUCAGAAGCAUCAGCAUCAGCAGCAUCGAAUGUUCCGCAAUCAUCGUCAGCUGCAGAAGAAAAUUUAAUUACAGCAGCUUCAGCAACAGCAGCAACAUCAGCAGCAGAAGGAGGAACUGCCGUUCCGUUAUCAUCAGCAGCAUCAGCAGCAGAAGCAACAGCAGCGAUAGUAUUGCCAUCAUCACCGUCACUAUAAUCAUCACCAGCAACAACAACAACAGCAUCAUCGGCAGAAGCAACUUCGGUUCCAUCAUCAUAAUCAUCAUCAGCAGCAUCAGUACGCAAUAGCCCAUACUCACCAUCAUAAUCAUCGUCAUAAUCACCAUCAUCAUAGUCAUCAUCAUCGUCACCAGCAGCGGCUGCUGCGCGCGCCCGGCCCGACAAUGCUCCAUCAACACCUUCCUCAUCCGCAUCAUCAUCUCCACCAUCAACACCAUCACCACCACCAUCACCACCACCAUCCCCACCACCAUCCUCACCACCACCAGCAACAGCAACAGCACCACCACCACCAACAACACCUCCAUCAGCAGCAUCAUCACCAGCACCAUCAUCAGCAGCAGCAUCAGCAGCAGCACCAUCAGCAUCAACUUCAGCUUCCCCUGGCCGCGGUCCCGAGCGGGUUUCAGGUCCUGGGGAGCGCGACUGCGCCCGGGUUCGAACCCGCGGGCUUCGGGGUCCGCGGAGGUGGUGACGAGACGGCGAGUGCGGGCUCCACGUGCGCGGGUUCCCCGGACCCCGGUCUGCGCGCCUGCAAGAGGCGUCGAACCCGAACCAACUUCUCCGGCUGGCAGCUGGAGGAGCUGGAGCGCGCGUUCGCGGGUAGCCACUACCCGGACGUGUUCAUGCGCGAGGCGCUGGCGCUUCGCCUCGACCUGCUGGAGUCCCGCGUGCAGGUGUGGUUCCAGAACCGGCGCGCCAAGUGGCGCAAGAAGGAGAACACGCGCAAGGGACCCGGCAGACCGGCGCACAACGCCCACCCGCUCACGUGCAGCGGGGAGCCCAUGGACCCCGCCGAGAUCGCCCGCAGGGAGCGGCAGCGGCGCGACAAGAAGAGGAGAAAGCAGCAGCAGGAGCAGCAGCAGCAGGAGCAGCAGGAGCAGCAGCAGGGGCAGCAGCAGGGGCAACAGCACCAUGGACAGCACCUGCAGCAGCAGGAGCAGCAGCAGCAGGAGCAGCAGGGGUCCACCAGAUCCCCUCGCCACCCAUCCCCACCCGCAGACCCCUCCCCAGGGUGCCGGACCCCCAAGCGCCGAGCCGUGAUCCCAUUCAGCGUGGAGAGCCUCUUGCUGCCCUCGCUGGCUCCGUGCCCGCGCAGGAAGGGGGCGGAGGGCAGGGAAGCGGCCCCGACGACGAGAGGCCUCCUCCUCGUGGAGCAGCCGCUGGGCUUCUUGGUGGAGCAGCUGGAGGAGGCGGCGAUGUACGAGGCGGAAGACCGGGAGGAGGAGGAGGUGGAGGGGGAGGAUUUGGUGGAGGUGGAGGAGGAGGACGACGAGGUGGUGCGGCAGAGACCCCCCGCAGUGGCCGCGACCCCGACCCGGAAUCCGACCCCGACGCUGACAUUUGGAGAAGAUGGGGGGCAGGGGGCGGCGGUGGCGGUGGAGAGUGUUCAGUCGAGUGCGGUUGGCGAAUGAACGCUGUCAUUGCCACAAAUCGUCACCGAGUGCGUCCGCGAGCACAUAGGGGCGUUGGUGACCCACGGGCUAUUGGUGGGAAUUCCACGUUUCUAUGACGAGGGCCAGUAACCUCGUAGGCAGAGCCGUCCCUAGGGUACGGGGGGGGGAGUGGGGGAACCGCCCUGGGCCCCGCGGUUGGGGGGGGGGGGGCGUGCUUCGACUUCACCGGUGUCAGAUCCAAUACUUCCGGUUUAGUUUAAAGGCGUCGGGCCUCAACCCCCCCCCCCCCCUCCCAUAGACGGCUCUGCUCGGAGGACAACCGCUGUCGAGUUUUUGACUAUGAGUGGAGUGAUGGUACUGAAUGUAUCGACCUCCCCCCCGGGAGAGAUGAUGGGCUGAAUAAGUCGACCCUCCGACCGUGCGCAGUUGGACUUCUGUGCUGCAGGUGAACGCUCCAGCGUUCGUGAUUACGUUCAUUCGUUACCAAAGCCCACCGUCUGCCGUUGAGGUGGACGUUAAAGACUUCCGCUUUGUCAUUGCGAGCCACCGUUGUUUGGCUCUUCGCCCGCGCCAACAUUUUGAAUCUAAAUUGAAAGAAAAAUCUAAAUAAUUCUCAAGCAAAAUUUAUAUUUAUUGAAAUUGUGUCCUGUCCGUAGCCAUUCUUAACACUGACACAGCACAGCUUUUAAAAUAAAUAUAUAAUAACAUCGCACGUGCUGGGUGAAUCAUUACCCCGCAGGGUCAAGUCAAUGAAUAUCUCUUUUCCAUUGGCACGUCCAAACCGCGCCAGCACGGUUCCCUCACGGUUCGGGUUAUUUACCCACUGGCUAUUUGCCGAGCUGAUCCGGAAACCCAAACCGGUGAGACUCUGCUCUAUCCACGAAGACACCGGAAAAUCUCGCUCGGGGCCAAGCAAGGCCAGGGGUGUCACGUGGAGCGGCACGGCACGGCACGGCUCGGCUUCUGCAGUGGAAAAAGAGAUAUAAUUGAACAUGGGACGAGGGGCGGUGUGGAUGGGGGGGGGAUCGAUUUCUAAGCCAACGGUGGAAAUUCAAUAUUCCUAUAACGGGGGCGAUGCCGUUUAUCUGUAUACACACUUAUUUGCUUUAAUAUACACGCACGUGCUAUAUACAAUAUUACAAUGCCCUUCAUUUAACCAACUGUGGGGCAAUUUAAAGCACCCUCACUCGCAUCGUUUAUAUUGAAUUAUUUAUAUAGCAACCGUUUUAAAAACACAUAUUUUGAAGUCAAUCAGAGUUCACGAUGUUUACGCGGCUGGUGGUGACGAUGUGUAUCUAGCUCGAUAAGUUUGUUUCGAGAGAGAUGUAAGAAAAAAGUAACCGAUCACGCAACUUUUAGUGAUGUCAUCAGUUAGCCAUAGCCACUUACGCGAUUUGCCAAAGCGUGUGAUGAUGAUGAUAGUGACGGUAAUGAUGAUGGCAAUGAUGAUGAUGAUGAAGACAAAGUUAUGGAUUUCAGAGAUGCUACAGGUGUGUAGGAGGCAAAACAAGAACCCUUGCGAACCACGUAACAGGUUUUUUUUUAAAAUAAGGAUAUUAUAUAUGCAAUUCUAUACGCGUAUACUUUAUUAUGCAUACGGGAACGGAAACACCCCGACGUGUUGUUGCGUGCCGCGUGCGUUUUGAGAGUGGAC